AUGCACUCCAAGUUUAACGAAUUCCGAGAAGCCGCAAUCCAUUUGGCGUCGGAAAGAUUUCCAGAGAGUGUCGAUUGUAUCGACAAGUGCUCGGAUGAUAUUGACAAGUUCCACGAGUAUGUGAAAUCGCGAGUUCCGACGAUUAAAAGCAGUCUGGAGGACAUUCUCGGCGACGAGCAAAUCCAUCAACUUUAUCAACUUCUGGAGAAGACGCAACGAGCGGAUUUAGUGGAGAAAGGGGUGAGACACUCUCUUUUUGAAUUUAUAAGAAUACAUGUACUACAGUUGCACCAGCACCUCCACGGAAUGUCUGAAAAAAGGCGGCACGAGCUGCUCUCCGAGUUUUUCGCUUCGAAACCGGCGAGAGCGAAAAGAUCCACUAUCAAUCGGGCGAUCGCGAGGGAACCUGCUCCGUUGCCAGCAGAAAUGGUGUCUUGGCAGACGCCACGUCAUAAGAAUGUCAUUCUGAGGCAGAGAAAAUCGAAUGGAUCCCAGUGGGAUAUAAUGAACACGAUCGGAGAGCAGUACUAUCAUCUGAGGAAGUCGGUCAGAGUGAAAUUUGACAAGUUAGCCAUACUUUUCUGAAAAGAAAUCCACAUUUUCUUUAGGAAUUAUACUGACUACUGCAGAGACAAUAUCCUUCCGAUUAUCGGAAACGACAGUUUUGCUCUGCUCGAAGACAUGUAUCAGGAUAGUGAGCAGAUUGAGCAUAUUUCAAACAAGUAUCAGCAGAUAAUCGGGUACCUUAAAAGCGAAGAAGAUCAGUUGACUGCAGGUCCCUUUUCCGUUAUCAUCCAUUUCUCAAGUGUCCUCUAUUUCAGAGCAUUACGGCCAGUUUUGUCGUAAAAUUUAUCGUCUGGUUCCCAUCGAACAGGCCGAUCUCAUGUCGUGGCUUAGUCCGGUCCAAAAGUUGAAAAUCGCCGAAAUGAUUCAGGAUGCAAAUGUGAACGACUCGCAGGUGUACGAGAAGGUAUUCAUUGUGACGUCAGCCCUCCGAUGUAUCUUUUCUCAAUUUGCCAGCUUUACGAGUUUUUCAAUCAAGCAACUGGCGCCGCGAAAGACGAUGCGGACGAGGUCAUCACUCUUGGCUGUCGAAAGUUUAUCGCCCAUCAUUUGGGAGACCAAGUGGCCGAGGUGAAUGAUUGAAAUGCGGAGAUGAUGAUGCACUCGACGGAGAUGUCAUUGCAGGACAUUGAGGACUUGCGAGUGGCCGGAGGCACCGGAAGCAGCCAUCAUUCGGCCGCGCUUCUGUCUGUCAAGCAUUACGAACUGGAAGCCGCCGGGGAACUGGCUCAUCGCAAGAGAAUCGAGUGAGACUGAGGGGAGGAUGCAGAGGAAAGUGAGUUGUUCAGAGAGUCAUUGUCGAUCUGCAAACGAAUCUACUUGGACUACGACGGAAGUUGCUACUGCAACGGAAGGGCAAAGUCGUGCAAUCGGAUGAACCACGCCUGCGAGAACUGCACGGGCGGCACACUUGGAUUCCAAUGCGAAAAGUGCCCGGAAGGCCGUCGUCUCGACAGAAUGGGAAGGUGCUCAGAUGGCCUGACACACGAGUGCUUCUGCAAUAAACACUCGGUUGAUUGCCUCGACGGAGUCUGCCUGAACUGCGAGAACCACUCGACCGGAGAGCACUGCGAACUGUGCGAUGUUGGCUUUUACGGCGAUCCGACGAAAGGAGAGAAGGGGUGCGUCAAAUGCCCGUGCCCGUGAGUUACUUCCAAAGACUUCCACUACUCUAGAGUAUGUUUUUAGGAAGAACGGAGAAUGCUCCUACAACACAGUCACCAACACAAUCGAGUGCAAUGACUGUCCAAAAGGACACAUUGGAGAGCGCUGCGAGGACAGUGAAUCAUCCUACCAGCCGUUCACAACGGAAGCUUCCACAGUCACUUUGUUGGACAAUCAGUUAUGA